AACCGAACGAGGCAGCGAGCAAGAAAUUCCAUUCCUGUCGAAAUCUGUAAUUCCUCCUUGCUGGCUGCUUUUCCUCGUGUGCGUGCUUUCUUCUGUGUCACUGUGUGCGAAGGGCUUUGCUAUUAUUAUUAUUUUAAAUAUAGCUUGCCCCGGGGCGGGGGAAUCGCACAAGGAAAGAGCCGGCGAGCAGCCUAUCUCUCAGAAGAAAACAGAGAGCCUCGCAGCACAGGAGCUGGCUUCACUCGAGUGUGCAGUUUAGAAGUCAAAACAAAACAAAACAAAACAAGCAAACCAAAAGAUUUUUUCCAAGUGCCACCGUUUUGGAGGAGGCUGAAGAAAAAGAACCCCAAACUGGCUAAAUGCUGAAGGAUGCAGGCAGACAGGGGCACAGAGCGAACCCAAACGCAGUUUGAGUGUGGGCUCUAAAGUGCAAUGUAAGUCUCUCUUAAAUUGUCUUGUUUUGUUUUGUUUUUAAAUCAUAGUAUCUGUUUUUUUCUUUCCCAUUUUGAAACCAGGCUGGGCCAAAAGGUACAGUUAGUGACAAAAAUCAGCGUGGAGCAGAAAGUGUAAUCACUGAUCUGGGGCUGAAAAUGAUCCUGAAAUGCAACAGAAGUCAGAAAUGCAGCAGAAUAUCAGGCGUAUUAUGGAAGAUGCACUAUAAAUAAGAGCAUAUCUAAUUAUUUCAAGAGAAAGAUGCCGGACAGAAUCUUUAAUCAACUUUCUUAACAGGGAAGCAAGAGCUCUGCUGCUUUGUAUGGCAAGCUAUUUUAAUACUGCUGUGUUCAAAAUUGUGUGAUUACAGUUACCAAUGGCAAUAAGAUGUAGCUCCAGAGGGGAGUCCUAGUGGCUGCAAAAGUUUUUUCUCUCUUAUUUCUACAAUAUUUUUGCUCUCUCAAGCCUCAAGUCCACGGUCUCUAUCCUCUAGUUUGGCUUUGCUUUUUACCUGGGUUUUCAGUGCCAACUCUGGACUUCCUAUGGAACAGAAAACAAAACAUUUCGGCAUUUGGAGUAAUUCUGGUAUGUUUUUCUACAUCGUGCUAAUGGUAAAAAUGCAGUUGACAAAGGAUUGGGCUCCACCAACUUCUGCCACAGACAGCUGAGGAAUGCAAAGCCUGAUGGUGACAAAGGGUGACCAUUUCCUAUUUUUCACCAUUUAUCUCACCGAUUUCAGACUUAGCAAUGGAUACCCUUUGUGAUGAGGAAAGCUCUGCGAACCCAACUGCAAACUCCUUAAUGCAAAUAAAUCAUGAGAGGAGACUCUACAGAAACGUUUACGGACCAGGAGAGACUAAUGUGUCACAUUUCUGUAACUUGACUGCAGACUCUGAAAACCUGACCAAUCUUUCAUGUGAAAGUCCUCCGUGCUACUCUUCCCUCUUUCAGCUCUCAGAGAAAAACUGGCCAGCUCUGCUGACAGUGAUAGUGAUUGUUUUAACCAUUGCUGGGAAUAUUCUUGUCAUCAUGGCUGUGUCACUGGAGAAAAAGCUGCAGAAUGCCACUAACUAUUUUCUCAUGUCACUUGCAAUAGCUGAUAUGCUGCUGGGUUUCCUUGUCAUGCCCGUGUCAAUGUUAACCAUACUGUACGAAUACACGUGGCCUCUGCCUAAGGAGCUGUGUGCCAUUUGGAUCUACCUGGACGUGCUUUUCUCCACUGCCUCCAUCAUGCACCUCUGUGCCAUCUCAUUGGAUCGUUACAUUGCCAUUCGAAAUCCCAUCUACCACAGCAGGUUUAACUCAAGAACAAAGGCUUUUGCAAAAAUAAUCGCUGUUUGGACCAUAUCAGUUGGUAUCUCCAUGCCUAUCCCUGUCUUUGGACUACAAGAUGACUCCAAAGUGUUUAAGAAAGGCCACUGCCUUCUUGCAGAUGAGAAUUUUGUGCUAAUAGGCUCCUUUGCGGCAUUCUUCAUCCCUCUAACCAUCAUGGUGGUCACUUAUUUUUUAACUAUCAAGUCACUGCAGAAAGAAGCCAUGCUGUGCGUGAAUGACGUUGGCCCAAAGACCAAGUUUGCUUCUUUUAGUUUCCUCCCUCAGAGCUCCCUUUCUUCAGAGAAACUCUUCCAGCGCUCUUUGAACAGGGACAUGGGGACCUCUGGGAGGAGAACCAUGCAAUCCAUCAGCAAUGAGCAGAAGGCUUCCAAGGUCCUUGGCAUUGUCUUUUUUCUGUUUGUUGUGAUGUGGUGCCCGUUUUUCAUCACCAAUGUGAUGGCUGUAAUCUGUAAGGAGUCGUGCAGUGAAGAAGUCAUUGAUGGGCUACUUAACAUAUUUGUUUGGAUUGGGUACCUUUCUUCAGCCGUCAACCCACUCGUGUAUACGUUGUUCAAUAAGACCUACCGCUCAGCUUUCUCUCGUUACAUUCAGUGUCGCUACAAGGAGGAGAAGAAACCUUUCCAGCUGAUUUUAGUGAAUACUAUCCCAGCGCUUGCGUAUAAUUCUAGCCAGCUCCACCUGGCUCAAAUGAAGAGUUUGAAAAAAGAGGCAAAAUUGAUGACCAAGGAUUAUUCGAUGGUCAAGAUCGGAAUACGCCAUAUGGAUGGUACCUCAAAGGGAAGCAUCAGUCCAGGGAAUGAAAAGGUCAGCGGCGUGUGACUCUACCAGCUGUUGGCAGCUGCCAUGACAACCCCAAGCAUACACUGAGAAUUUCAUCUCGUGGUGAGAUGCUCUGAGAGUGCAAGAAAAUCAGCCAUGUCUGAGAGACCCUCCAGUAACAUCACAUACGCCUCAUGUUAUCCUGUUGAUGAAAAGCAGGGUGGAAUGGUAUUAAAUGUGCAAUUUUUUUUCAUACAGUACUUUGGCUGUUUUAAGCACAGGCUUUAUUAAAAUUAUUUUUUUAAUAAUAUAAGGGAUAUAUUUCUUAAAGAAAAAAAAAAUGCAAUUUCUGGUAUUAUAAUUAUGGGCUGCAAAGAAACCUACGCAUUUCUCCUCUCUUUGCAAAUGAAAGCUAAGCUGUCCUUUGAUUUCCUUGCAGGGUAGGCUCCAGCUAGUUCAUCUUCCUGCAGUGGGAUUUUCUUAUCAUUAACUGAACGAGCACUUUAUGAAACUUUAAAUAAAAUGAUGGUUAACUUACUAAUAUAUAUUUAAAAUAUGUUUUAAAGCAUUAAAGAAAAAUCUAUUAAAACCUGUAUAGAUGAAUUAUAUAGAAAUUUUGGUAACUGUUUUUAUGGCUAUUUUUUUCUUCCAAGUGACCAUUCUGAAAUGUUAAUGGACAUUUCCGCCACUUGUUCUGAGUUCAAAUUUGCAGUCUUCAGAAGUAAAUUAUACUUGAAUGAUCCCUUGUUUCUAUCACCAUUCGUAAUCUUCUAUUUCACAUCUUGCACUUUAUUUCCAUUCUAAAAAAUUCAUCUGUUCUAACAUAAAACUUGAAAGUAAUUUUUUCAAAAGUCAUUAUUGGACUUGAUUCUCUGCUCCUUCCCACUGCUGUUGACAGGGAAGUGAAGUGAGAGAAGAGUGGAAAAUCAAGCACAGGACUGCUAAGUAAUUUCAAGAAUAAUUCCAUGCCUCUGCUUGAUUCCAGCAGAGCUUGAUUUAAAUAAUGUCAGUGAAAGUUUUGCAUGAGAAAAUCCUUUAGUGAAAGGUUUCAGCAGAUUCUCUCCCACCAUUUCUCUUUGGUUAAAAAGGCCAUUAUGAAGGUGUCCUUCUGGAUUUCUUUUUUGUGCUCAUAGAGUCAGAAUUAUUCAAAAUCUUUUACUUGUUCAAAUUUUUUUUCCCUGGUUUCGCUGUUUUGCUGUUAUGGUAGAUUGCUCAGGAAUGAUAGGUAGCUUGCACUACUAGGACUCAGCCUUAAUGAAAUACGUUUGGGCAAAUUGGGCCCACUUUAAAAUACCAGGACUUAUCAACAGCAUCAUAUUUCACCCACACAGCUCCAAGGGCAGAACGCAAAAAGAACAUCAAAUACAUUUUCUGGAAUAAUGCUGUGUGACGACUUUCAGGCAUCGUGGACAUUUUAAUUAAAGUUAGUGGGACUGUGCUGGAGAGCAGAAGCACAAACUUUGCAUCAAAACUUCAGUCCAAGCAUUUGAUUCAUUACAUGAAUUUUACGGUCAUAAGUAGGAUGCAUUCCAGUUUCAGAUCCUGUCCAAUCUGUAAAAAUAGUACUACCUAUCCAGAAGCCAAACUCCAAUGCCUUCAUCAUUUAACAAGUCCUUCUCUUGAAGCUCAUCAGUUUCUGUAGAAGAAUUAAAUAUCCACCAGGGUAAAGAAGGGAAGAUAAACGAAUCUUAUUCAUCCGGCAGGGUUUGGCUCAGAAAAGAAAGAACUUCAAUUUAAAAUAUUGAAUUCUGUGGUAAAAGAAGGCUUAGACCUUGAGUGGUUGUUCGGCUGAUUUCCAAGCAGCCACUUUUAUUAUUUUUCUACCUGUUACCAGUAAGUUAACUAAAUCUGAUGGGGUUUGGGGACAGUUUCCUCCAUAGAAUAUGGAUAGGAUGGGAUAGGUCACAGCAUGUCAUUCAUGGGCAUGUGGCCAUUAAUGGUUACUACCCAAAAACUGGGACCUUUGGAUCGCGUGACAUAUCAACUGGUACACCAUAUAUUGUGCUCACCAAGAUGAUUGAUGCAAACAUUUGGACACCAGAAUCAAAGCAAAAGAGCUUUAGCAAAAGGAAAAAUCAGCUCACUGUUUCUCCCUCUCUAUACCCUCCCAGUUCCUUCAUAGCACAACAAGAGGAGUGCAAGCUCACAGCUCCACACAGGCAGAGAAGGGAUUUCAUGGGGAAUCUGCAAAACAUAGCUGAGCACAAGGACAGCUACGAAUCAGGUGGGAACAGUGGGUUAAGUUAACCCACUUAACAGUAUUUGUUAAGGAGUUUGAUACAGACCCUAAAUCAGCAGGUUUGAGCCAAGGCCAACCACCAGCUCUUAUUACACAAUCCAGCCAGCAUCACUCCAGGGUACCCCACAGAACACGGUGUUCAGAACCUCCUGGUGCCCAGACAUCUCCUCUCUGCAAAUGGAAGAUGGUUUUGAGAAUUCACCCUUGAGAACUCCAGGGGAAAGGUGGGGAGCAAUAAAACCUAAGUCCUGUGAGUAGGAAGCUCCGGAUCUGGCACUAAACCAGAUUGCCUUCAAAUGAGGAAUACUGAUCAAAAUACCCCGAGAAGGAGGGGAAAGGAAACACAGGUGCUAGUAAAAGUGGAGGGAAAUGCUACCUUUUGUACAAUUUUGUUGCAUUUCUUUCAAGUCCUUUCAAGAGAAAUGAGGGUAAGGGACAGAGAGCCCUUGUCCUAUUGACCAUCUGUGUCAGGGAGCAGAGCUGACCUGUGUACCAUAAAAUGUAUACGGGCACCCUGCACUUUUCCACAGCUCAGUUCUUCCAUAUCUCCUGUUGCUGCUCAGCACAGUCUCCCCUACUCAGCUGCUUUUAAUAAGCUGCUGCUGAACAUUACACAUCCACUGCCGAUGCUCUCUGCUUACCAUCUGCAUUUCACCCACAUGGCAGUGUAAAUCAGCCUGCCGUCUCUCUUUCCUUUCACCUUCUGUUCCUCUUUCACAAUGUGAAAUUGCUCAGGUUGCAAAUACUGACAGGGAAUGUUUCAAUGCAAACAGAAAGGGUUUCAAUUACUUGCUUGAUGUUUCAUUAGAACUCUGAACAUGAAAUCCUUUCCCACUUAUUAAAACAAAACCUGUGUUUGGGGCCUAAGAGACUUGACAGUUUUUCUUUAAUUAACAGCUGGAGGCAACAUAACAUUUAUUUUUGGUUAGAAGCGGGGAUAUCUGAUGCCAGAGAUUAUAACACUGCUAGCACUCGGAUAGAUGGCUUUAUUGAGAGAGCAGCAGCUUCUGCCCAAGAAACCUCUCUAAGGAGGUGCAGCAAAUAAGGAAUGUGCAGCAAAUGAAAACCACAAUCUCCAGCUCCUUAUGAAGAUAUCUGACAGUUUUGGAAGGACCGAUUCUGCCACUUCGCACCAAAAUUUUAAUAGAUUUUUUCUCUGUGGUUUGCCUUAGGGAUGAUGACAGAGUCAAGUCUGAAUUUGUAGCACCCACCGUGCCAGUUCUGCAGGAGGCUGUUAAUCAGGAGAUGGCAAUGAUAAGUCAUGAUACUGCUGCCAGAUCUCAAAGUUCAGCCAUUUUCAACCAGAAUUUGUUGACAGGCUUGGGACGAACACUACUGUUUGAUAUGACCAGCUUCAGAGCAACAACUCCAUCUUGUAAAAAAAAAAGUGAGUGUUUUCAUUAUGCAUCAGACCAGAAUGGAAAUUGUGAAAAUUUCCAGGAAAAAAAAAAGAAGAAGAAAAGAAAAGAAAAGAGACAUUCACACUGACUAGAUCAGAGGUCAGGGCCUUCCCCUGCUGUACAGGAAAAGCAUGACGAGUGAGUCUGUCACAUCCACAUCUAACAGAACUGCUGCAUCUGAAAAAUGCUUUAACUGACAAUUUUUCGAGCAGUUCUACAUUUUAUUACUGCUGAGACUGCAUCUGAGAAAUGCCCAAAGACAUGAAGCUCACCAUGUAUCUCCUAAGCUGGUGUGCAUACUUUAUACACUUCAGGGUAAAGCAUCCUAAGUAUCGAUCCCAUCCAGCUGAUCAUGCACUGUACUUAUGUAAUUAUUGGCAAAUGGUGAGAUGCAUUCUAUUUUGAAUACUUGUAUCUUUGCUUAUGUAAAUACAUAGAGAAAAAUGUUUGCUGUAUUUUGUAAAUGCUAAUGUAAAACGGUGUUCUAAAGCUUUAUUGUUUUGCCAGAUCCCACUGCUCAUAAAGCAGAUUAAAAUAUUCAAAUUCCAUCAGUUGUUUUAUAAACUGGAGGUUUGUCUGAAAUAGCAAUUUUCAUAAAAUCAUAGUAUGGGUUGAAAAGGACCACAAUGAUCAUCAAGUUUCAACCUCCCUGCUAUGUGCAGGGUUGCCAACUACUACACCAGGCUGCUUAGAGCCACAUCCAGCCUGGAAUUUUAGUUGGGUUUAAUCACCCCAUGUAUGUACAUAGUAUAAUAUCUGCUGAAAGUGAAGGUCAUGUUAAAGCACUCACUGAACUGGCAAAGACAAAAAACAUGUUGUGAAAUUUAAUUCCAUCCCUGUAGUAGUCUGCAGCCCACAAUGAGCCAUUGCAAUCAUUCUUUCUUUUUUUUCUAAAAUAGCACUCCUGAUGACAAAGGAUGCAUUUUUUGGACAAAUACAUAUAGCUUAAAAUGUUGAGUCUCAGAAACAGCGUAAUAGUAAUAAACCAAUUAUAUAAAUUUCCCCAAAAUGUCACACAGUGAGAUUAAAAUUAAUAAGCAUCGUAUACAAAUAGCAUUACGACACUUUGCAAACAUAAAUAACACCUGAGUCAUAGAAUCACAGUGCCAUCUAUUGGUAAUAUUUCCUUUCUCAUAGAGAGUAUUACAACAAGAACUCAAAUUGGACUUUACUGCUACGUGAUUUUUUCCAUGGUAAUCCCAAAAGAAAUGUAUUCCUCCAACCUGAUCUUAUGGCACACAUGCCCUUGUUUACAACUGCAACAUAUAUCAGACUAGCAAGGCUGGUAAUAAAAAGUCUCCUUCAAACCCAGAUUAGUCCUAAUGAUUCAUCAAGCUUUAAAAUGUGUAAAAGAGAGCAUAGAAAGACAUCUUUUUUUUUUUUUUUUCCAGAAGUUAUCUAACAGAGGUAAACACUAUUUUUGUUAUAAACCUGUGAGGCACCAUAGAGUGAAAUGCGCCUGGUAAAUCCCUGGCACAUUACCACUCAUUUGUCUCUGUAAUGCUAAUCUACUGGACACAGGCUCCAAGAUACGAUUAUUACUCAUAUUAAUUGGAAAACUCACUGCCACAUUUACCUGUUCUGACAACACUUUGCACUGAUCCCUGAAAUAGAACAAAUCCACCUUACCCAUCUGACACUCCAAGCCCCAAAAGCAAAGAAGAUAUUUGGAAAAGAGAAUAUUUGGCUUUCACAUUUACAGUGUGAUCAUCUGAGGCUGCUUGAAAUAUAGAAAAAAGCUAUUUGUAAAUUUUAUAUCAUGCAGUGACAUUCCUUGAUUUGAUCGUAUUCUGUUCAGUAUUGGUAUUUGCAAUUUGUACAAAGACGUGCCAUGUUAUCUGACCCUGAAAUAGCUCUAGCAGUGGUUCUGCAAACCACAGUGACUUCCACUGAGCAUUAUUUAACCACACACAUUCACAGUUUUUCAGUUCGACUGCAGUCCAAUUUUUAGGAUGGAGAAAAUCUGUCAAAUUCAAAGGUUUCAUUCAAAUUCUGUGCACCAUUUUACAUGCAUCGAGUUACUCAGUCUUCACAGGACAUAAAUUGGAAUUAACUCCAUCAAAAUUGCUUGGAUUACAUUCCUAUGUUUCCAGUACAAAGCAAGGCAAAAUGGGUGAUGGCUCUGCAGGAAAAUUAAAUACUAAAACAAAGAAUUUUAGGUGGCUGUGGAGAAAAACAGGAAUGGCCAGGCACUGUGGUUUUACAAGUGUUGGACUUGUUCAAGCUUUAUUUAAAACAUGUAAGGUAAUGUUUUACCAGUCUUGGUGUGAAAUAAGUAUGUCAAAUCAGACCUAAGAUCUUUAAUUAAGAGAUCCUCAUACUUUAAUAGAAAAAUCUUCCUUUUUUUUAUUAACAUCUGUUUUCAUGGUGGGGACACUUGGGAAGGAUCCUAUGCCAGCAGGCUUCCUUAUGGCCCUAUGCCAAAAGAUUUCCUUUGAAUCAAAUCAUUAGCAAAGAGAUAAUGAAGUAGAAGAGCACAGAGUUUAUGUAAAGGAUGUACAUUAAUCUAUGGACCUAUGUACCAAAAAGAGUUGAUGUGAAUCAACACAGUCCCUCAUCUAAAGCUCUUAAAUCAUCAGUGUUCUCCACAGUGGCAGGACACCAGUCAGUCCUACAGGGGACUAAAUUGGGCCUGUGGUAUUUUGCCUGUAGAAAUCUAAAAACAUAUGUGUAAAAAGGGAGACUAUAUGUAGUGGAGAAAUUAUUGCAAAGAUAGUGCAAAGAGGUCAUAACGGCUCUGGAAAUGGCAGAUGGAAUUUUAAAUAGAUAAACCUAAGGUGGUACAACUUAAGGUGAUUACUUGAAGGGGAAAAAUCAGUUCUAGCUUUACAUACAGAAUGUUAUGCCCCAAACUCAUCAGUCUGGAAUGAGAUUUUUGUGUUAUGGAACUGUGUAAAAAUUGAGUACAGCUUUAAAAAAUGAGAGAAAAGCAACAUGGACAAUCAAUAUUAGAGGAGGCGUCCAUAUUUAUUACCCAAUUUAACAGGGAUUCUUCAAGGAUUGUGUGAAUUCAUGAAGGAAAAAUCUAAAGAGGGCUCUUUAUCAUACAGGUUAUACAUACCUCCAGCCAGAGACCUCAAUGUCAGCAGGGUGCUCUCUGAAGCUGCCUGCCAAACGCUUGAGCACAUCCUUCUACCAGGUUACAGUACAAAAAAAUGAAGUGUUGAGCUGAAUGUACCUUUAGUUUUCACCACUACAGUUGCUCACGUUCAGACUUCAAACAAAAAAGGUGAUCUGUGUACAUAUAUAAUGAAGCAAUUACCAUUUUUCUAUUCCUGCUCUUCCAUAAAUGCUUGUGCAUGCGCCUAAA